AUGUUUUCGCAAGACUACUCGCAACAGUCCUCCGCGGACGCGUUUCCGACGACAAAUAAGCAACUUUUUUGCAACGGAAGCAGCCUCGAGGGGGGAGGCGAAGGGGCGAAGUUUUCGAAGAGCCACGACGAGAAGGCGGGCGACGACAAAAUAGAGACGAAAACAAAUAAGUUGGUCAGUCGCCAAUCUGUGUCUUCGGAACACAGCGGAGACGAGCUCUUCUGUUUGGAUGAUCCGAACGAGGGAGAAGGAUUUGGUACGUUCGGUGGGGGUGCUAGAAACGCGCGCGUGGUGAAUGGGGUGAUUCGAUUGCAAUCGUUCACGGAAAGCGACGAGGAAUAUCGAUGCGAAGAUGAUCGACGCGACGCCCUUUCAGAGUUUCAAGACGAAGAAGAGGAGGAGGAAGGAGCAAAAAAAUAUCAACAAAAAUAUCAACAACAAUGGAAUAAUAACAAUACUUUUACCGCGGUUAGAAGAGGUAAAACGGUUCGCGAUCUCAUAGAGCGGAUCAUAGAAUUUAGUACCGAGCCGCAAAUCUCGGUUUGGGAGGAUGUCUUGCUCGAUUUACGAAGGAAAGAAGACGAGGACGCGCGCUUCGUUUUGGACGUGAACGAGGCGAGACACUUGCAAUUUCGAGUGCCACUGGUGGAGUGGAUUUUGGACGUGUGCGCGGAAGCGCAGUUUGGUCCGGCCACGGCGGAUGUGGCCGUGGAAUACAUGGUACGUUUAUAUUCAUUCUUUCUUCUUCCGAUGAUCGGUCUUUUGUGCGUCGAUCACGCGCGCGCGCGCAGGAGGAGACCCACUUUUGUUUUGCUUCUCCUUCUUUUUUUUUUGCAAAAAGCCCCGCGAAAAGGCAGAAAAAGGCGCGCGCGAGAGAGAGAAAAAGUCGAAAAUAUCUUGUCCAAAGAAAAAAAUCUUGGAAAUCUCGGCUUGCCUUUUUUGCCUUUUUUCAAAAAAAAGUUGAGAGGAAUCUUUUAA